UUUUCAUGUCAACUAUGUAAAGUUUUCAAAUCACUAAUUCGGUCAUUAUUAACAUGACCAGUCUGUCAUUUCUUUGGCUUCUGCUUCUUUGUUGUCGCCUCGGCGAGUCCAAGAGACGAAACGUCCUCCUGAUCAUCGUUCAGGCUGUACCCCGCCUCCUGCCCGAUGAUUGCUCGGAAAGGCUCCAGCAGUUUUCAAAUCUUCAAGGUUCCAUGGGCUUCUGUUAUGGACCCAGCUAUAGAUGUAACCGCAAUACACCCUAGAGCAAGUUUGUGUUUUUCCCCUCCGGCAGCUGAUGAUGCCGGUUUUGAGACCGAAGUGUACAACAAUUCUGUUGUCCACACCCCUCACCUGCGUUCUCUGGCCCAGCGCAGUGUCGUGUUCAGCAACGCUUUCACCUCUGUCAGCAGUUGCUCCCCCAGCCGCUCCACCAUCCUUAGUGGCCUGCCACAGCAUCAGAACGGCAUGUAUGGCCUUCACCAAGGGGUCCAUCAUUUUAACUCUUUCGAUGGCGUCCAGAGUCUGCCGCUGCUCCUUAGUCGAGCAAACGUACACACAGGUAUAAUUGGAAAAAAGCAUGUUGGUCCAGGGUCGGUGUACCCUUUUGACUUUGCGUACACGGAGGAAAACAACUCAGUCCUCCAGGUGGGGAGGAACAUCACCCGCAUCAAACUUCUCGUCCGAAAGUUUUUCCAGACUCAUAAAGAGGGAGCUUUGGAGAAAAAGCAAAAAGCAGAAGAUGACAAUUUGCAAGAUGAAGAAAGGCCUUUUUUUCUGUAUGUGGCCUUCCAUGACACCCACCGCUGUGGGCACUCCCAGCCCCAGUACGGAGCUUUUUGUGAGAAGUUUGGAAACGGUGAGAUGGGAAUGGGCAGAAUUCCGGAUUGGACUCCACAAAAUUACACACCAGACCAAGUUAAGGUUCCGCCUUUUGUACCGGACACACCCGCAGCACGAGCAGACUUAGCCGCAUUGUAUACUACAGUUAGCCGACUGGACCAAGGUAUUGGGUUGGUUCUUCAGGAGCUCAGGGACGCCGGUUAUGAGAAUGACACUCUGAUCAUCUACAGCUCCGACAACGGCAUCCCCUUCCCCAAUGGUAGAACCAACCUGUAUCACUCCGGCACAGCGGAACCAAUGCUGGUGUCCUCUCCAGAGCACAGGGAGCGAUGGGGAGACACCAGCCAGGCCUACGUCAGCCUAUUAGACAUCACUCCCACCAUCCUGGACUGGUUUUCUGUCCCCUACCCUUCAUACAGCCUCCCUGGCAACACGGCCGUCCCAGUCCACCUCACUGGCCGCUCUUUGCUUCCUGUCCUGGUGACUGAGCCCGGCAGCUGGCACACGGUCUUUGCCAGCCAAUCACAGCACGAGGUCACCAUGUACUACCCAAUCCGUGGUGUCCACCAGGGGGCGUACCGCCUCCUCCACAACCUCCACUACCGCAUGCCCUUCCUUGUCGACCAGGACUUGUAUGUGUCGGCCACCUUCCAGGACCUGCUGAACCGCACCAGGCUGAGCGAGCCCACGCACUGGUUCAAAAGCCUGCAGCAGUAUUACUACCGGGAGCGCUGGGAGCUGUACGAUACCAGAAGAGACCCUCUGGAAACGAAGAACCUGGCAUCAGACCUGGCCUACAGUGACGUGCUGGAGUCCCUGAGACAGACGCUCCAGAAAUGGCAGUGGGAGACGGGGGACCCCUGGGUCUGUGGACCAGACUAUGUCCUGGAAGACAAGCUGGAGCCACAUUGCAGACCACUUUACAAUGGACUCUAAUGGUAGCUUACCCUAUCCUAUAAUUACAUUAAGUCUGCACUCAUGUUAAAUCGUAUACAUCAUCGUGUUUGUUUAUAUUUUUCUAUGCUGCUUUUAUUGGUCCAAAAUAAAAAAAAUUACCUCCCCUUCAA